UAUGGCCUAUUUUUGUAUUAUGUGAUUGUUAUAGUAUAUUUUCUUUCCUUUUCCAUAUAAAGAUCACGUUAAUUAAGCAUGUAGAGUCCGUUGUGUGUGUAAAAUCAUAGGCGCUUUUUUGCCGUGCUAGCCGUUCCCAUUCCGUACGGUUAGGUUAAGCACCACUAUUUUCAUUUGGGUAAUAUGCCACUAAAUCAUUGUGUGUGAAAGAAAAGAUGGUUAAAUAGAUUUAUGUUUUAACUGUUGAUUUGUGACAAUUUAAGUAAUUUUUAUACCAGUUGAGUGUUAUGUUGGGCUAUUUUGUAAUGAUGCUUGUUUAAUUAAGGUGUCAUGCCCUUUUGUCUUAGACUAGAACCUUUUGAGAUAUUUGCAGUAUUAUUCACUGUAUUGCUUUAAAACCUUUUGAUAUGUUAAGGUUGUUACAAUUAUAAUUGUUUGUUUACAGAGAUGAGUGUUAAGACAGGAAGCAUACUGUCCAGUCAUUUCAAGCCAAGUUAGACAGUGCAUGACUUCUUACGAAAUAAAUCCAUAAAGCAACUUGGGUCGUUUCGUUAUCUAUCUGUCAGCUAAGGACAGAACAGUAAGAAGUCGGUAGACGUCCAGCUUGAUUGGUGUAGUUUCAAAGCAGCAAUGUCGGAUUCAGAACAGAGUGAUAAACUGUUGAAUGACUUUUAUGAAUAUGAUGCUAAACUUGAUGACUCUGUAAAAGCAGUGUUAAAGAAAAUCGAUGAGAGACUAAAUGAAACAGACUACGUUUCACGAGUAUCUGCACAAUCUGGCAGAAGUACAAACUCACAAACCAGCUCAGCAAGAGCACGCGCCAAACUAGAAGCUGCAAAGGCUCGAAUGGAACUGUCAAAAAAGGAAUUGGAAUUGAAAACAAAGCAAGCGCUGAUACAAGAAGAAAAAACAGUUCGCGUUGCAAAAGCAGAUAGAGAGGAGAAGGUUAUUCAAGCCGAGUUAGAUCUCUUGAAUGAACAAAAGAUUUUUGCUGAGGCAGAAGCAGAAAAUGAAUUGUUUGAAACAAUCAGUGAGUGUGAUCUAGGUAGUUCUGUUGGAAUCAAAGAAGAGGAGUCGCAUGCUGAAAGAACAGAAAAUUACGUGCGUGAACAACUGCAUUAUGUUAAUGACAAAAAUCAAAAUGUGAACACUGAAGGAGAGCAAUCUGAAAUAAGACUCAAUCCUAGUGCUCAAGUUUAUACUCCGAUACAGUCUGCAGAUAUGUUUAAAGACUUUGGUAAAUUUCUUGUUAAAAAAGAUGUAAUGUUACAAAGAUUUUCUAAAUUCAAUGAUGACCCAACCCAGUACGUAAUUUGGAAAAAUACUUUUAAGAACGUUGUUGGGGAAUUAGAGUGCACACCUAGUGAAGAAAUUGAUCUCCUGAUGAAAUGGCUCGGUCCAGAGUCAUCCCAACAAGCAGGCAAUUUACGAGCAGCAAACUGUCACGAUCCAGUCAUAGGUCUAGUGAAGAUUUGGGAAAGGAUGGAGGAGAGAUAUGGUGCACCGGAAAUGGUUGAAGAAAAGCUGAGAAAAAAGCUAGAGGCCUUCCCGAGAUUAGGCAAUAAAGAUUACAAGAAACUAUACGAACUAAGUGACGUUUUGUCAGAGAUAGAAAGUGUGAAAGAGGAACAAUUGUAUGCAAAUAUUGUAGGGGUAUUUUGGCUCACCUAUAGGGUGUAG